UUCUACACCCCUUCGUAGCAAAGCACCGCAUCGACAUCGUCAUAGCAACGAAUCGAACCUGUCCUUUUUCAAACAACUCAACCAAGCACGAGACGCCAGCAAAAUCUUACACAAAGUGCCCCACGCAAAAAACGAGCGUCGCGACGAUGAGUGACAUGCUGUCAUUGAACGCAGCCGCAAGUCGCGUAACACAGCUGACAAGGGAAAAGGAGGAGAAACGUGCUCAAGAGCGCCGUAGAAAUCUUCUACAUCUCGUUGCUGCAUUUUUGGGAGAGCAAGGAUAUACUAAUUCAGUCGAUACGCUCAUCAAAGAAGCCCAAUUGUCUCGUGAUAUCCAAAUUUGCGACAACGUCGAUCUGGAGAUCAUUUUAUUGGAAUAUUCGGAUUAUCAUUAUGCGAGGUUCAAUAAGUAUCCGAAAUUAUGUAAAAAAAUCGAAUCGACUGGCAAAAUCAAUCAUGUUCAUAACACGGUAAAUAAAAGGGACAGAGGUGGUGGAAAGAGUCAUUUCAAAGCCGACGAUGAAAAUGGAACAUCAAAGAAUAAAGUUCCAUCGUCGAAGCCAACGACGAAUGGAGUUGCCAUCGAAGAAUCAAAUUUCGGCAUCACCGUAAUGUCCAUUUUUCCAUCGGAAAACGCUCCUUCAAAAGCGAUUGGUUAUGACUUUAUUUCCGAUAAUGAAAGAACAUUAAAGCCUAUCGGAGAUCUAUAUCCGUCUGGCUCGGAAUGGAGAGAAAUCGCAGAAGUUAUUUCAAGAGAGAUUGUACUGAGAGAUUUGAACGUCCAUUGGAACGAUAUCAAGGGUUUAACAAAAUGCAAAAUGUUAUUAAAAGAAGCAACCGUUUAUGCGAUCAAAUAUCCUGCAUUGUUCAAUGAAAAACUUGGUCCUUGGAAGGGUAUAUUGUUGUACGGUCCACCGGGAACAGGCAAAACUAUGCUUGCCAAAGCAGUUGCCACUGAAUGUCGAGCUACCUUCUUUAAUAUUACGUCGAGCUCUUUAAUUAGUAAAUGGAGAGGUGAUUCAGAAAAGUACGUUAGAGUCCUUACCGACCUCGCUAGAUUUUAUGCUCCAACAAUAAUAUUUAUCGAUGAAAUCGAUUGGACGACCACAAAUACUGAUAAUGAUUGUUCUUCAAUGAAUUCUGAACCUGCCAGACGAUUUAGGGCAGAACUUCUUGCCAGAUUAGAUGGAUUACUGUCUACAGAGAAUGUGAAUGUUACUCUUUUAGCUGCUACGAAUGUACCAUGGAAUCUAGAUGCUGCUUUGUUAAGACGAUUGGAGAAACGUAUUUUUGUCGAUCUGCCAAAUUACGAAAGUCGCUUAGAAAUUUUACGAAUGUAUGUUGAAAGCGAUCUACAUGUGACUGAGGAGUUCAAAUCGCUUUUAAGAGAUACAGAGGGUUAUUCAUGCGCUGACCUAAAAUUACUCUGUAAAGAAGCAUGGAUGAAUCAAUUGCGACCCAUUUUUAAAUCUCUUGAACACAAGAAGAUUGCACCGGAUGAAGUACAAAGUAAUGGUGUAAUAGUUAACAUUGCACAUCUCGUAGAUGCAAUGACGUUUGUAAAACCCAUUGUAAAAUAUAUGAAACCACGAUAUAUACAAUGGAAUAAAAACUUCGGUUCUUCUACCUGCGAAAUUUAGCACACGCGAUUAGAUGAUUGUCCCUCGCGUGUUUCAGACCAUGAUAGUAUCCUGUAGAGACAAUAUUUUUAUGCUUAAUUUUAUAAGACUUCUUAGAAUAUAGUACAAUUCACAAAUCACAAAAAUGUACGUUUAAAAAUAAUAGUAUGAUA